AUGCCUCAUUGUCUUAUCCUUGGUAUUUUNGUAUCAUCAGUUAAUUUAACACGAGAUGAAAUAUUUAGUGUGGCUCUUCAUAUUUUACAUGAUGUUGUAUUACAAAUUUUAACUAAUACUCGACAAUUACGCGGUCAAAUGGAUAUGAUAUUAGUUUCUCUUACAUCCGAUUAUCGCUUUUUAUUUAUGUAUAUUAUGGAAAAUGAUAAUCAAUCGAAACAAUGA